AUGAAAACAUCUGUCAAAUAUUCCCGCCAAAUUCCAGCUCUGUGUGCUCUACAGAUUGAGAUGACACACGGCCAAUCAUAUUUCGAUUUAGUGUCACGUGAACGGAAACUAGAAAAGGCGCCAAAAGGUCCAAAACAAGCAAUCGAAGAAGAAGCACCGAAGCAUGAAAACUGUGCAGCAAGGAAUAAAGAAGAUUUAAAGUAGUAUACGCAUUUUAUAUGUAAGAUGUCUGACUUUCAGAGUAUGACUGAAGAAGAUGUAUUGGACUGGAUAAAAAAAAUUGGGGGGAAGAAGUCGCAACAAAAUGUGCAGGUACUGUGUCUGAACUGACUUCGGUCGUGUGCCCGUUUACGUAUAGAAUAAAUACCUCGCUUUUAUAAACGUAUUUUCAUCAGUCUAUCUUUUAACAAUUGACAUCAAGAUUCGAUAAUAAUACAAGUAAAUAAUUUUUACAUCUGUAGACCAACAGAUUGACGGCUUUGCCAUUGAAUUACUUGCAACCAAAGGCACAACUUCUCAGCUUGAACGUUGUGGACUGAAUACAGUAGGUUCACAACUUAAAUUUCAGCGACUUGUCAUCUCCCGACUGGAUGUAAAAAAAAACAACGGAAAGCCCUGUAACUAUUGUGGUCUCCCGAAAAAAAACAUCAAAUAAGGAGUUAAAAGAAUGCACCGAAGUAAACAAACGCGUAUAUAAUGCGAAGUAAGUGUUUCAGUGUGGAGUACAAUAAUUAACGUAUUAAAAAUGGCAGCCAUUUUCUUAAAAUAUUUUAAUAUUUGAAAGACUCGCACGCAUAUGAUACGCAAAACUGAUAUUAUGUGAUGUACUGUUAAGGUUUAACCAUUAACAAUCCUUGUGUUUGACCCUGUAUAUUUGUGUGGCAGAUGUUCAUCUUGCAGUUUUAUUGUUGGUCAGAGACAAAUCUAUUUGGCAUAGAUUUUAUAUUAAUAUUAUGUCAUUAGAGGGACGGACUACUAGAAAAGUGAUCGCAGGAUGGGUUUAUAUUUGCAUUUUUUGAGAUCGUCCUCUGUGUAAGUAUUUUUUAUAAAUGUGUUACCUAGCAAGCAACAUUUUUUUAGCCAAUACACCUAUAUAAAUUGAAACUGUUGUCUUAAAAAAUGUUUCUUCAUAUUUAUACAGCAAAAUCGAAAUACAAAAAAAAACAAGAUAUAUAUAAUGUUUAUAAGAGAUUGUUAUUGACAGAGGCAUUGGAAGCUUGAUCAACAUAGUGCGCGGUCAACCUCUCUGAGCCUGAGGUUGGCCCAUGGUUGGUGUUGAGCAGAAAAAUUUUCAAAUUUGUAGUAUCUAUAGAUAAUCGGAAAUGGAAUUUCUGUACUUCUUUUGUUAGAACUAAUAUCCUAAAGAUUUUCAAAGAGUUCAAAUUUAUCUCUAAUUUAAAAUUAAAGUUCUAUUGUUGCUUGCAAUUUUUUUCUGAAACAAUUCUGUUGCACAUUUUUUCCAAACCUUUUUUGCUUCUAUGAUUUUUUUCUGUCCCCCAAUCACUUUUCUCAUAGCUGUCCCCUAAUAAAAAGUCUCCCCCACCAUGGGGAUCAGGAAAUUGGGUUGUAAUGGUACUAUUUGAACUUCAGAAUUAUUGGUCAAUAUGAUCCAUCGUUUAUAAUAAGGAGGUGUAAAAAAUAUCAGACGAGGUAAAAAACUAUUUCAGGUGAGCAUCUCCCUUCAAACGUACACUCCCCAUUCCGGAGAAACAUAAGGCAUUAAGAAAUCAGAAAAUGAGAGAAUAAAAACAAGAAACAUUUAAUCCAUAACACAUGCAGCCUGCGUGCUUUAGCAUGAAAGAGUUGAUCCCAAACAAGCAAUAGGUGUGGCAUUUUCAUUUCUUCAGCAGUCUGAUCCUCCAUGAGUAAUGAGUUUCCCAAGUGGGUGUUUCCGAUCAGGCACAGAUUUUCUGGGGUGAGGGGGGUUGCGCCCCCCCCCCCCCAAGAAAUGAUUUGCACCCCCGCAUAGGUAUUUGGCACCGUCCCCCCAAACUUUUUGCACCCCGCAAAUAAUAUAUAUUUUGAUUUGAUAGUUUCAUAUUUGAUUAUUCUUACUACUAAAUUUGUAAAAUUACCAACAUUAUGGUCUCAGAUCUCGCCAUGCAGGCCUAGAAAACAGAUUUUGUUAAACCUUUUCCGGGCGUUGCCACCACGCCCCGGCCAAAUCAAUCAGAGCUACGCGGCUCUGUUUCUAAUGACAGUUGCAUUAUAUUAUAUAUUAUAUCUAGAUGUCUAAUUAAGUUACAUUUUAAUUUUAGGAAGAAAGCUGUUAAAGCUGCAGCCAUCAAGAAAUGGCCUGGCAACAAUAUUCCCAUAUUCAGAAAGAACAAGCAAGAAACAGAACAACUGGACGCUCUUGUUGAUGAACUGGAUGAUUGCAUAUUUGAGACUGUUGGCUUUGACAAAGCAGCAAUUCGGCAGCACAUUAUAGACAUCAUGAACGAAAGGCGACGAAGUGUAAGGAAUGGAUAUGAUUAUACAUCGGUGAGAUAA